AUGAAUCUACUGACAGAUGAUAAUUCAGAAAUACGUUGGAAACUAAGAAGUCUUCCACCUUCACACUACAUUUUCAAGAUCCAAGACUUCUCUUUGCUGUCCGAUUCAAAAGCUGAGUGCUUCGAGUCUGCUGAUUUUCAAGUUGGUGCCUAUAAAUGGAAGUUAUCUGUGUACCUUGGCGGAAAUAAGAAAAAGAAAGGCGAUGGAUACAUAUCUUUAUAUCUACUUCUGUCUGAAUCCAACGAACUUAUUUUCACUCAAGAGAUUAACGUAAAUUUCAAGCUCUUUGUUUAUGACUAUAUUCAUGACAAGUACUGGACUAUUCAAGAUGACAAAGAAAGGCGGUUUCAAGGAGUGAAAAGAGAAUGGGGAUUUGACAAACUCAUUUCAGUUGCUGAUUUCGAAGAUGAAUCCAAUGGAUACUUAUUGGACGACUGUUGCAUUUUUGGCGCUGAAAUUUUCAUUAUAGAAACUACCAGUAAAGGCGGAUGCUUGUCAAUGUUGAAGAAGCGUGCAAACAAUAAGUAUAGAUGGACUAUUGAAAAUUUUUUGGAACUGGAUCUACCGUUUGAGGAUUCAAAAGUGUUUGCCCUCCGUGGCAUUAAUUGGUAUGCACAAACUUGA